AAUGGAAAUUUCCAGUCGUUUUUCAUUCAUUUCUACCCAGACUCACGGUGAGAGUUCGGACAAUAUAUCAUAGAUUUAACAAUUUUUCGUAGCUACAAAUUUAAACAAAGAAGACAUUUUCCGGACUGAUCGGAGAAAAACGCCAGAACCAAAAACUAUUUGAUAUUUUAUCCACUUGCCUUCAGUUGUGUCAAAGCCACCAUGUCUCAGCAGCAAAUCAGCCUCCCAGCUAAACUCAUCAAUGGCGGCAUCGCCGGCAUUGUUGGGGUCACCUGCGUCUUUCCCAUUGACUUGGCAAAGACCAGAUUGCAGAACCAGAGACCAGGACAGCAGAUCUACAAGAACAUGAUGGACUGCCUUGUCAAGACAGUUCGAUCAGAGGGAUACUUUGGAAUGUACAGAGGUGCCGCGGUAAACUUGACGCUGGUCACCCCAGAGAAGGCCAUCAAGCUGGCUGCUAACGACCUGUUUCGACAUCACCUCGCAAAGGAUGGAAAGGGGCUGACGGUGUUCAAAGAAAUGCUGGCAGGGUGUGGUGCGGGAAUGUGCCAGGUUAUUGUUACUACCCCCAUGGAAAUGCUGAAGAUUCAGUUACAGGACGCAGGCAGGCUAGCGGCUCAACAGCAAAAACCAAUCGUGAUGACUCCAACAAAGCUGGUGGCAACAAACGCCGUUCUCAGUCGUUCCUACAACUCUGGAAAUGUGGUGUCUGCUCCGAGGGCAGUAUCUGCCACGCAGAUCGCAAGGGAUCUCAUCCGAACACAGGGCAUCCAAGGCCUCUACAGAGGCCUGGGGGCCACUCUCAUGAGGGAUGUUCCUUUUUCUAUUGUUUACUUUCCUUUGUUUGCUAAUCUGAACAAACUGGGCAAACCCAGUCGGGAUGAGUCAUCGCCUUUCUACUGGGCAUUCCUCUCCGGCUGUGCGGCCGGGUCGACUGCCGCCGUGGCCGUCAACCCCUGUGAUGUUGUGAAAACCAGACUGCAGUCUCUGAACAAAGGUACCAUUGAGGAAACUUACAGCGGAGUGAUGGAUUGUAUAAGCAAAAUAAUGCGAAAGGAGGGGCCCUCUGCAUUCCUGAAAGGUGCGGGCUGCCGCGCUCUGGUCAUCGCGCCGCUGUUCGGAAUUGCACAAGUCAUGUACUUUGUUGGCGUUGGUGAAUACGUUCUGAACAACACACCUCUAAGCCUGCUGUCUGCAUGAGACCAAACCUGCUGACGCGCCGCGCACGGGACCUGGCGGGACAACUGGCAGCUACAAUCAGUUUACGUCAAAAACAUCCAGAUGAAGACUUUAGGAUGCAAGGACCCAUCGUUUGAUGACUGUGGAGUCCAUGUUGCACAUUUUUGUGAUUGAACUGACUUGGCUGAGGCCGUCGUUUGCACUUGAAACUGUUGGCCUUCCUGUGUUGGGGACUCGGUUACAGUGUUAAGCUUUUGUUCCCCAAACAGUUUUUUUAAAGUUUCCGUCUGAGGAAAUGGAUGCUGAAUUAUUCUUUUUCUUUUUUACAUAUUUACAUAUACAUAUUUCAUAUUGUAUUUGAAUGUGUGCUAGUUCUGAUUUCAAAAGCCUAAAAUUCUUGAAACUGUAUUUUUGAUAUUUGAAUCUCAUUACCGUCUCUCUAGUUUUUUUUAAUUAUUAUUAUUAUUAUAAAUAUAUCUGGAACUAAGAUGUACUUUUUCCAGAGUUACCUGUAAAGUUAGUUUUAUUUUUAAUUACUUGUGUACAUUACCAGUUAAAAAAAGUGUUCAUAUCUGAUAGAUUGUGGAAACUCCAGCAUCCUGUUACUUGGUUUACUGAAACUUAUUUUUAUUUUAUUUCUAAAAUAGAAAUUUGUGAGCCGAAGAAUGCUACUUUUAGAUAUUUUCUGCAAAUUCAUGUUUAUAUUUCAUUGUGAAAUGAAAUGCUUAUUAUUUUUGUGUUGUAUGUUGUACAGCAUGGACCACAUUUGAUGGUUUAUGUGGUUGCAGAGUGAGUUCUCCUUCAGCAGUCUGGGCCUCCCAUGUUUGAAUCCUAUUAAUGUGAAACAAACCUGAAUACUGUUCUGUAGUAACAUUUGCUACAUUGCUCACAACACAUUAAAUCAGUUAUUGACUGAC